GACCCAGUGUCCAGACCGAGUGUCCAGACCGGGUACAAUUACUGGACCUUCAGAGGCGAUGCCAGUCUGCGGUGGAGCCGUGCCAUAAACCACAAGGAGAGUCUCCUGACCCACUGACCCCUCUGGCCCCCUGUCUGACUCGGGAACAUUAUGGGCUCCUUCCUCCCUGUUCCCACCCCCCUUCUCCUCUUCCUCCUCCUCUCCCUCCUCCUCCUCCCCCACCCCUGCACCCCUUUCAAACCCCAGAUGGUGGAGCGAGCGUCGGCCCCCCAGCAACCCCAGCCCACGGGUAAUGGCACGGGGUCGGGCAAGCGGUCGUGUUCGGGCGUGGUGGUGUGCAAACCCGGCAUCCUGCUGCCGGUGUGGCUGCCCAUCAACCCACCGCUGGGGGAGCAGGCGGGGCGGGCCAUCGUCUAUUUCCUGUGUCUCAUGUACAUGUUCCUGGGUGUGUCUAUCAUUGCAGACCGCUUCAUGGCAUCCAUAGAGGUCAUCACCUCUCAGGAGAAAGAGGUGACCAUCACCAAACCAAAUGGCGAGACAACAGUAACAACAGUUCGGAUCUGGAAUGAAACAGUGUCCAACCUCACACUCAUGGCCCUGGGCUCAUCUGCACCAGAGAUUCUACUGUCUGUCAUUGAGGUGUGUGGACACAACUUCGAUGCCGGGGAGCUCGGUCCAGGCACCAUCGUGGGCAGCGCUGCCUUUAAUAUGUUCGUGAUAAUUGGUUUGUGUGUCUGGGUGAUUCCUGAUGGAGAAACACGCAAAAUUAAACACCUGAGAGUAUUUUUUAUUACUGCCUUCUGGAGUAUUUUUGCUUACAUUUGGCUCUACCUCAUUCUGGCUGUCAUCUCACCGGGGGUCGUAGAGGUGUGGGAGGCAAUAGUGACUCUACUUUACUUCCCGGUGUGUGUGCUCUUGGCGUGGAUCGCUGACCGCCGCCUGCUUUUCUACAAAUACAUGCACAAACGCUACCGAGCUGACAAACGUCACGGCAUCGUGGUGGAGAUGGAGGGUGACCUUGCACCAAAAGGUAUCGACGUGAUCGUGGACGGAAAAUGUCCAGAUGGGAGUCCUGGAAACUCCGCCAGUGUGACCGUAUCUGUACAAACGGGCAACGAACUAGAUCAGAACAAAGAUGAGGUGGUCCGCAUCCUCAAAGACUUGAAGGAAAAACACCCAGACAAAGACAUCGACCAGCUGAUAGAAAUGGCCAACUACUCUGCCCUGGUCCAGAAGAAGAAGAGCCGGGCCUUCUACCGCGUCCAGGCCACACGCAUGAUGAUCGGCGCUGGCAACAUCCUGAAAAAACACGCUGCCGAGCAUACGCGGCGUUCUGCUGCCGGCCAGCCCAGCGACCUUGCCACAUGUUCACACAUCUGUUUCGAAAGUGCCCAGUAUCAGUGCACGGAGAACUGUGGGACUCUGAGCGUCUGGGUGGUCCUGGAAGGAGGCACCGGACAGAACACCUUCCAUGUGGACUAUUGUACAGAAAACGGAUCCGCAAACGCCGGAGCGGAUUAUGAGUUUAGUGAAGGAACCCUGGUGUUUAAACCAGGAGAAACUCGGAAGGAGAUAAAGGUGGGCAUCCUGGACGAUGAUGUCUUUGAGGAGGAUGAGCAUUUCUUCGUGCGUCUGCAGAACCUGAGGUUGGAGGAGGGUGGAAGUGAAGGGACGGGGUCUCCGCCCAAAGGCAGACUGGUCGACCCGUCUGUUGCCACCAUCACCAUCUUGGACGAUGACCAUGCCGGCAUCUUUACGUUCGGCCAGCAGGUUCUGCGGGUCAGCGAGAGUACGGGUGUUCUAUCGGUGACGGUGGUUAGGAAUUCGGGCUCCAGGGGCACCGUCGCUGUGCCAUACCAUACAGAGGACGGCAGUGCCAAGGCCGGGGUGGACUACGAAGAGACCAAAGGGGAGCUGGAAUUCACCAACGAACAGACCAGUCAGACACUACAAGUGCGAAUAAUAAAUGUGGAGGAGUACGAGAAGCAGGAAAACUUCUUCAUUGUGUUAGAAGAACCCAAAUGGCUGAAACGAGGACUGUCUGCCCUACUGCUAAACCAGGGUAACCCCACCCCUGAGGAGGAGGAGGCCCGUAGGAUCUCUGAGAUGGGAAAACCCAUUCUAGGAGAACACAGCCGACUGGAGAUCAUCAUAGAGGAGUCCUGCGAGUUUAAGAAUACAGUGGACAAACUUCUAAAAGACACCAAUAUGGCUGUGGUGCUUGGAACUCGUUCAUGGAGAGAACAGUUUGUUGAAGCAGUCACAGUUAGUGCAGGUGAUGAAGACGAAGAGGAGGAGCGAGUGCCUAACUGCUUUGACUACUUCAUGCACAUACUGACCGUUUUCUGGAAAAUCCUGUUCGCUUGCAUCCCCCCGACAGAUUACUGGAAUGGCUGGGCAUGCUUUAUUGUGUCCAUCUGUUGCAUCGGUGUUUUAACGGCCGUUAUCGGAGACCUGGCGUCACAUUUUGGCUGCACCGUCGGCCUGAGGGAUACAGUCACGGCAGUGGUGUUCGUAGCACUCGGGACAUCCGUUCCUGAUACCUUCGCCAGUAAGGUAGCAGCCACUCAGGACCAGUACGCUGAUGCAUCUGUGGGAAACGUGACAGGAAGCAACGCGGUGAACGUGUUCCUGGGCAUCGGUGUGGCCUGGUCUGUAGCCGCCGUGUACUGGGAAGUCAAAGGGAAGGUGUUUCGCGUGGACCCCGGCUCGCUGGCUUUUUCAGUCACACUCUUCACCAUUUUUGCCUUCUUCAGUAUGGGAGUGCUGAUGCUACGCCGGAGGCCGUCCAUAGGGGGCGAACUGGGAGGCCCUCGGGUCUUCAAAGUCCUCACUGUGCUGCUUUUCUUUGGACUCUGGCUCCUCUACGUCCUGUUCUCCAGCUUGGAGGCCUAUUGCCAUAUACAAGGCUUCUGAGAGAGCACAGCUGGGGAGAAUGAACACCACAUAACCAGGACUUUUACCUGGAUAUCGCUGUUACAGAAACCAGUGAGAAGAAAUAUGUCCACAUUUUACCUGCUGCCAUGGUUCAUAAACACAGGCAACAAAGAGACACGCACAGGCUUAUCUGAACAUCACACUCACUGUAGGACAGGUCAAGUGGGUAGGAUUAAUCUGAGCAGUACUGAUUAAUAAAUAACAUGCAGAGACUGUAUUCAGUUCUGCACAGCAUAUGGUCGGCUUGUCACUGGUUUUUGCUUGACACAGGCUUAGUCCCAGUUGGUUUAAAGCCUUGAUUUCGAGUUUGAUCUUACUUCUCUCCGUGCUUUUAGAGGCUUCUAAACCUGGAUCGCCUGAUUAUGUAAGAAAAUCACUGACAGCAGCUUUUACACAGACUAGCAAUGUAAGUGAUAAUAUGUGAAGAGCUGUCCUUGGAUAUGAAAAUAAUGGCUGAAGAUUGCCACGUGGUUCUGUUGUUUUUGUAUAUUAGGGCCUCUGAGUGUAUCAUCACUCUGACACUAUGGCCACUGAGGAGUUAUAAUGUCCAGUUAACUUGUCUGUAACCUAAGCAUUUAAAUCUAUAGAUCUGUUCCACCGUGACAAUUAAUUGGUAACAUUGCACCGAGCAGAGUUACUGUUUCUCUGGUUACCUCUGCUCCAACACACUGAUUUACAACCACCUGGAACGUUUUAAGCUGUCACGUUUGUGUCCGUCAGCCCGACAGGAAUAAAAAAUGUAUGUGGCCAUGGUAAAACUGAGCAGUUUGAGAGAUAAGCUGCUGUUGUGUAAUAUCUCUCAUGUGAAAAUUGUGUCGAGGUAUGUGGCAAAGAGGAAAUGUUGCAUAUAACUUACUGCACCUACAGUACUACUGAUGUGAAGCACUAUAAGAACUGAUAAUGAUCGCAAAUGCACUAUAUGGGCCCCAUAUGAAAAUGUAUAAUUGAUGAAUUACACAAGCAAUGAUUUGUUUAAUGAGCUACUAAAUUAAAAGGUAACACUUUAUUUGAUAGCGUUUGCACAGGAUUUUAUGAGAACAAACUAAUACAAAAGAAGAAACAUUAGAGGUAUCUGUCAAGUGUAUUGAAAUGACGAAUUUAGGGCAUCUCCUUUGAUUAAUUAUACUACAGGUUUCAGGAAUAAUGAAAUACUGAGCAUUUUAGAUAUAGAUAAAGAUUCAGAAAUAUUCACAGACUUGAUCUUCUGUGGUUCAGCUGAUAAUUUUAACUGUUGUAUUUUUAUUCUUUUAAAAUACGACUUUUGCUCAUAGAGUUAUGGCUUUAUUCUAAUAAUUUUAUGAUUUUUUUUUUUUUUAAUUACAAAUUUAUUCAUGAAAUAGCUUAUUUUUCAUCUUCACUAUGGCCCUAAUAUUUGUAAAAAAAGGCAGAUUUAUGAAAAAACUGGCAAACUUGAAGUCGUUAAAAAAUAAUCCUUUUUGAUUGAAAUCGAUUUAUUUACACAAUCUUUGCAGUCAAACAACAGAGGCCACAAACAUGCAGAAACACAUUCAGAGGCAUAACAGAAACAUUAACAGAAAGAAAGAGGAAAAAAACUACUGAUGACAAAACAACUCCUUCUCAAAUAUUGAACAUUAGCUGCUGAAAUGUCACAAACACUCUGUAAACUCUCUGUAGGCAGAUUAUCCAAAUAGAUAAAUCCAAAGUGUUACAAGUUUUAAUGCUGUAAUGAAUAUCUGCCAUUUAGUGUGACUGUUUGAAAGUCGAGAUUCAAUAAUCCCAAAAGUCAUAUCUGUUUAUUUAUCAAUGGUGUAAUUCACUGUCUUUGUAAUUGAAUGUAUAUUGGGAAAAAUAUAUGGACAUAAUAUGUUGUAAUUUAUUCUA